CAAGGGUUCAGCUCAAUUGAAACCCAAAAACAAAACCAACUUUAAAAAUAAUCAUCAACCAUUGCACAUUUUCACUGAAAUUUCUAGGUCUUUUUCACAGAAAGCUUCCAUUUUUCCCAGAAAAAGAAGAAGAAAGAGGAGAGAGAAAGUAGAAUCGAAGAUGAGCAGCAGCGCAGCAGUUCCAUUCUGGAGGGCAGCAGGGAUGACAUACAUUAGCUACUCUAACAUCUGCGCUAAUCUUGUCAGAAAUUGUCUCAAGGAACCCUUCAAAUCUGAAGCUCUUGCUAGGGAGAAAGUUCUUUACUCCAUCUCCAAAUUCGAAGAUGGCAAACCCCAGAAACCAAUCCUCCGAACUGAUGAGGGAAAGGAGCUCUGAACCUUGAAGCUUUUCCACCAUGAUUAUGCUCUCCAAAUGUCGUUCUAUUUAUGUUAGCGUCGUACAUUUGAGGUGUAAUACCCAGACUCUGAGAUAAAUUUCUUUGUGAGCUUUGGAGGAUGUGAUAAUAAUGUAACUUUCAAUCAUCUUGAAAUAUUGAAUAGUCCUUUUUCUGAUAUCUAAUGAUUUCAGACAACCAUUUUUUUUAGUGUCUAUGUUAGUGUUUGAUAUGGUUAUGAAUAUGAUUUGCAUUUAAAGUUUGGUGCUCUGA